AUGGCAUUCCUCGAGGACCCCCGACUGCGCCAACGCUGGAACCAAAUUGCCCACGAUACCGAGACCAUAACCGAGAAUGCGGCAGCAGGAAUCUGGACCUUUCAACAUAAUUACAUCAACCCAUGCUUUUCGUCCAUCGCGCAAUCUAUUGAACAGUGUACGACUGUAUGUCUAGGUGACCCUGAGGAACGUCUACGAAAGCGCAGAGAGCGAGAACUGUCGCAUAGUAGGGCAGAGUAUAGUUUCGACUUUUACGAUGACUGGUAUGAGGAAGAGCAGAGCGGUCUGUUUGGCACAUGGGGUAAUGAAGACUGGGAUAGAUUGUUGGCUGGGACUGGCACUCAGCGAAGACACACUGGGGGGGAAACUGAACAACCGCGCAGGAAACGCGGCAUGAGCUAUGGAACCCGAGACCGAAGACGAAAGCCAAGCAUGGACGAUGACCCGACUGUGAUUCCAAGUACACAACCGAUCGGUUUCCUCAGCAAACUACCAUGGAAGAUGGGCGGUACUCUGCGAUACAAACCUAGUGCGGCAGAUCUGCAAGACCACCCACGACGACAUGGCGAAGGAGAAAAUGAACCACUACUGCAUUCUGACGAAGACGACUUUGACCUACCAGUGACUAGAAAGCGCAGUGGGACGACAGGGUCGGGCGAUACAUCAGAUUCAUAUCGAUCACGAGGUGAUCUAUUCCCAAGCGAUGGCGAAGGUGAAGAAGAUGCAAUCCCACUCGAUGACGAGGUAACAUACGAUAUGGUUAGAAAGGAUGAUCGAAGUGGACGAAGUGGGAGGACCAGCAGUAAGGGCAAAAGACCAGCUAGUGGUUUGGCAGGGUCGAGAACAGUAUCGCGGACGACAUUACGAUCAGUUUCUUCCAAGGACGACUACCGGAUGGAGCAGCGAUCCAUGUCGUUUUCCUUAACGCCAGAUGUUGAGGGACCGACUUUACAUAACCUGGAACAAGAAGAGCUCAUGCUACAAAAAGAACAAGAUGGGGAUGUCGAGAGGAAGAAACAAGCAGCAGCGCAACUCGCGGCAGAAAAAGCAGAGGAUGAUGUUUAUCAAGCUUCACCUUCAAAAGCCGCCUACCACCACGUCGAAGAAGUCGAAGACAAGCCCGCGACACAAGAUGCAGCGCCAAACAGUUCGCAACCCGAUGGCACAAAAUCACCAGAGAAGACAGAUUUCGUUCCAGCGCGCUUACCGCAUUUCCAAUGA